AUGACACCUCGGCCCUACUUUGAUGAGCAUGGUCGCGUUCUUCCCUUUGACAAGGUCUUGCAGCUAGAAAGAAUCGAUGAUUGUACAUUCCGAUCUAUAGUAAAGGCAUACUCGCCCACGGGAGGAGAAAACGGGACUUACGGCGGCCAUAACAUCACUGGCUGGUUUAUACUAGGCGGCAGACCAAACGAGCAUUUCGUCUACACCGUCCACAACGUAAGGGAUGGCUACAACUACUGCACGCGUUCCGUAACAGUCAUUCAAGCUGCAGAAAAAGGCACUAUGUUCACAUGCACAUGCUCCUUCAAACGCGAGGAAGGGUCACCGUUCGAGUACCAAGAUAAAGUUAACUUAAAAGAGAGGUUUCGUGACGUGGUUGAAGGCAAGGAAGGCGAACCAAUAGAGCAUCCUGCUGCACCAAGUCAGGACUCUGAAUGGUUUCGUGAGACAUUUCUGAGAGAACAUCCGGACCAUUUCAAUCCGAUACCAGGCCUGCAUCUUCGUAAAGUAGAUAUGAGAAAGUAUAACUAUACGCGUACAACGAUUGAUCGGAGACAACUCACAUUCUAUUCCCUUCGAGGUUCUUUGCCGUUACCGACCGCUCCGUACCCGCUAGAAUCUAGCUCGAAGUCAGCAGCUUCCCCAACAAGAGAAGCAAAUCUUCACGCAUGCGCACAUCUGUAUGCCUCAGACCGAAAUUCCCUCUUUAUUAUUCCUAAUCACCUGUCUCUCGGCAAAGAAUACACUCGAAUGGCUUCCCUUUCACACACCGUGAUUUUCCACGUGGGAAUUAAAGACCUCGUUCUCCCGCCGGAGCCUCAUAUCAACCAUCCAAACGCUGACCCGACACUAUUCGAUGAAGACUCACUCUCCGUAUGCAAUCUAGAAGGCCACUCGGAUGGAGAUAAGGACGGACGGAAGUGGUUUGUGCAAGAGUCGUGGGUGACAAGAGCAGGAGGCGGAAGGGGACUGCAUAUGAGUCGCCUUUGGGAUUACGAAAGAGGAAUACACAUUGCCAGCACAAUACAAGACGGUCUGAUUAGAUUUAAACCUGGGACGAAAUUAUAGAUGG